AUGUCGGCGACGUAUACUGGUGGUGUUGCCAGUAGUAGUAGUAGCAGCAGCACAACAACAGGCUCCUCUCAUCAUCAUCACCACCAAAAUCAGCAACAACAUUUCAUCUCCACAUACUCGUCGAGUAACGGAUUUACCAACUCCAUUCCUUCUCAUCAAAAUAACACGACCAUUCCAUCUUCCUCAUCAUCACCAUCCCUACAACAACAACACUCUCUUCUUCCUCCAUCGACCCCUCCUCAUCAUCUCCGCAAUUUCCUUCUUUGCUAUCUGUUAUUCAAUGUAUUUUUAAAAUACUAUUACAUUUAUCCUCAUCAUGAAUAUAACAUGAAUAUAUUAGUACUUCAAUGUACUUUUAUAUUUCAGAAAUAUUUGAGAAAUUAUUAUCACAAUUCAAUUGAGGAUGUUAUACAACAAAACAAACAGAGUACAGUGAUAUUAUCGAAUAGUAACCAUCCUAUGAGUGGAGGAGGAGGAUCUGGGACCUCAUCGUCGUCUUCGUCGUCAUUGAAUCAUCAUGUGAAUCUUGCACACAAAUCCUCUUCAUUGUCCUCAACACAAUCAUCACAACAUCUGCCGCAUUCGAAUCCUCACUCAACAUUCUCAAUAGGAAAUUCCUCACCAACAUUGACUCUUUCUAAUCAAUCGCUCAUUUACAAAUGUAUUGCUAUUUUACAUUUUUUAAUGACAUUGAUUAGCAUUUACUAUUCAAUAUUCUAUAUAUUGUUUCAAUAUGGAAUAUUUCAUUUCAUACUCUAUUUUUUACCGAAUAUAAUAUAUUAUACCAUUUAUUUGAAAAUACAUCGGAGUAAUUCAUCAUCAAAUGAUUUCAAACAAAUUAAUACAAAGAUGAAUAGCAAAAUGUUUUUAUUAAUAUUUAUUAAUAUGGUUUUACUACCAUCUAUUGAAACAACUUAUUAUAUUUGGGUUUAUCCAUUAUUAUUUUUACCACCAAUUUCUGAAUAUCAAAUUACAUCCACAUUACACAUUGGAAAUAUCAUUAACACUCAAUAUUUAUUAUUUUUAAUAUUACAUGGUGUGAACAUGCUAGUGUUGCAUUGUUGGAUCUAUUUAGAUAUUCACAUUCAUUACAUUUAUUCACACAUGAAGUUGAUUGGAUGUUGGAAGAAGGAACAACAACAACAACGAAAGGAUAAAUUAAUGAGUGGUGGUGGUGGUUUGAAUGGCAGUAGUAGUAGUGGUCAUAGUGGUGGUGGUGGUGGUUUGAAUGGCAGCAGUACCAGUACUACUACAUCUGUGAAUACUAAUCAUGCAAUGAAUGGAAGCAGCCAUACGACAAGUUCCAAUCAUACGAAUACUCCUCUGACUAUUGAAACAUGGCGUAAUGAAAAGACCUAUUCCUGUAAUCAAUUGGUUCAAUUUAAUAAUUCAAUAUUUCGAUCUCUUGGAAAGAAAUUUAAUAGAAAUAGACCUGAUAAUACCUAUGAUUUGAUUUUAUAUGUGGUCUUUUAUCCAUUCAAAUAUCUAUUUUUUAAUAUUAAUAUUUACAGUUAUGUGUUAUUGAUAUUGUUGGGUACUUCCACACUGAUUUUGAUGACCAUCUUUACUUACCACUCUCUCUUCUCCUAUUCCAAUCAAUACUUUAUUUACUUUGUGUUGCUCUUAUGGAAUUAUUACUUGCUUUCAAAGAGUAUUGACAAGACAGUGCAAUGCAAUAAACAUUUGAUCAUUAGGAAUGAUUAA